AUAUCUCACCCAACCUAGCAACAUACUUUAGAGUUGCAUUUUACAAACACCCACGAGAGUCGAGAGCCAUGGAUUCUCUCCUGCAAGCCUUUCAACAACAACCUUUGCACAUGGCAGCCUUCUUCAUCAUCCCCUUCCUGUUUUUGUUGGGCGUAGUUUUUCGUAUUCGCCGGAGGUUGCCUUAUCCACCGGGGCCCAGAGGGUUACCGAUUAUCGGAAACAUGGGGAUGAUGGACCAGUUAACCCACCGCGGUCUAGCCAAGCUGGCAAAACAGUACGGCGGGAUCUUCCACCUCCGCAUAGGGUAUUUACACAUGGUUACCGUGUCAAGCCCUGACGUGGCGCGACAGGUCCUUCAGGUCCAAGACAACAUCUUUUCCAACCGUCCCGCAACUAUAGCCAUCAGCUACCUCACCUACGACCGCGCUGACAUGGCGUUCGCUCACUACGGCCCCUUCUGGCGCCAGAUGCGCAAGCUCUGCGUCAUGAAGCUUUUCAGCCGCAAACGAGCCGAGUCGUGGGCGUCGGUACGAGACGAGGUCGACGUGAUUGUUCGAGUUGUAGCCGCCAACAUCGGAAAGCCGGUAAACAUCGGCGAGCUGGUGUUUACGCUGACGAAGAACAUAAUCUACCGGGCUGCUUUCGGGACUUCCUCUCAAGAAGGUCAGGAAGAGUUUAUCGCGAUACUGCAGGAAUUCUCUAAGCUUUUCGGAGCCUUCAAUAUCGCGGAUUUCAUUCCUUGGCUCAGCUGGGUCGACCCGCAGGGGCUCUACACGAGGCUCCCCAAGGCUCGCCGGUCACUGGACGGGUUCAUCGACACCAUCAUCGACGAUCACAUGGAGAAGAAGCAGAAAAACGGUGGCGACGCUAUUGACGGUGAUACAGAUAUGGUGGAUGAUUUGUUGGCUUUUUACAGCGACGAAGCAAAAGUUGGCGACUCCGAUGACUCCAUCAGACUCACCAGAGACAACAUCAAAGCCAUAAUCAUGGACGUGAUGUUUGGUGGGACGGAGACGGUGGCGUCGGCGAUAGAGUGGGCCAUGGCGGAGAUGAUGAGAACUCCGGAGGAGAUGAAGAAGGUUCAGCAAGAGCUCGCCGAAGUGGUGGGUCUCGACCGGCGCGUGGAAGAGAGCGACUUUGAGAAGUUAACCUACAUGAAGUACGCACUCAAGGAGACUCUACGCCUUCACCCACCAAUCCCUCUGCUCCUCCAUGAGACCGCUGAGGACGCGGAGGUUGCCGGCUACCGAAUUCCAGCGAAGUCACGUGUGAUGAUCAACGCAUAUGCCAUUGGUCGGGACGCCAACUCGUGGGACGAUCCGGACACCUUCAAGCCCUCAAGGUUUCUGAGAGAGGGGAUGCCUGAUUUCAAAGGGAGCAACUUCGAGUUCAUACCGUUUGGGUCGGGUCGGAGGUCCUGCCCCGGCAUGCAACUCGGGCUCUACGCGCUGGACCAAGCCGUGGCUCACCUGCUUCACUGUUUCACGUGGGAGUUGCCAGAUGGCAUGAAGCCUAGUGAGCUGGACAUGAACGACGUUUUUGGGCUCACCGCGCCGAGGGCAACUCGGCUCAUCGCGGUGCCGAGUAAGCGAGUUGUGUGUCCACUGUAAGCAGUUGAGCGCGUGGGUUGGUGUGGCUUUUGUGUGCUUUGGAGAUUUACAUAAUUAAUGUAAAGAGCAACGAAGGAAAAAAACAAAAAAAAGAAACAAAACAAAACAAAACUGUGAUUACUGGCGAACUGUAUGGCCUUAUUUUUCUCUUGGAAUUUUAUUGUAUUUACGAAGACCCAACGAAAAAUAACUGUGAAGAAAUGAAAUUGAGAGGAUUUGAGAUCU